AUGGCUGCUCUGGAGGAGCUGAAGCAGAGGCUGCAGCCCAUCUUCUUCGACGCCGACGGCAAUGUUGUGCCGCCCCCUGACUCCGCCGACGCGGCGUCCGAAGACACCUGCGACUGUGACGACCCUGAGGUUUUGGAUGGUGCAACUAUCAAUUUACUGAGUAAAUCUUCUGAUGAAUAUAACAUCAAUGAGCUUGGCUUCCAUAAACGAACAACUAGACAAGACAAGGCAUACCGAUGCUCUUUUCAUGAUAUGCAUAUUUUUGAUCCGGUCGGUAAUGGUGCAAGCAGUGUCGUCCAUAGAGCCAUUUAUGUACCAGUUCAUCGAGUUUUGGCACUGAAGAAGAUAAACAUUUUUGAGAAGGAAAAGAGACAACAGAUUCUUAAUGAGAUUACAACGUUAACAGAAGCAUCUUGUUAUCCAGGUUUAGUUGAAUUCCAAGGAGUUUUUUAUGCCCCUGAUUCCGGAGAAAUAUACUUCGCUCUUGAGUAUAUGGAUGGUGGUUCAUUAGCAGAUAUUAUCAGGGUUAAGAAAUUUAUACCGGAACCAGUUCUUUCGCAUAUGCUACAGAAAGUGUUGCUAGCUCUGCGCUACUUACAUGAAGUGAGGCGCUUAGUACACAGAGAUAUAAAGCCAGCAAAUUUGCUGCUAAAUCUGAAGGGUGACACCAAAAUCACAGACUUUGGUGUAACUGCUGGACUGCAUGAUUCAAUUACCAAGUGUGCUACCUUCCUGGGCAGUGUCACAUAUAUGUCUCCUGAGAGAAUUCGGAACGAAAACUACUCAUAUGCUGCUGAUAUCUGGAGCCUUGGCUUAACAAUGUUGGAGUGUGCAACCGGAAGAUACCCCUAUGAUGUAAGUGGGGGCGAGGCUGAUCUCAUGCUUCAGAUAUUGGAAGAUCCAUCGCCAACACCACCACGAGAUAUUUAUUCAGAAGAGUUUUGCUCGUUCAUUGAUGCUUGCUUGCAGAAAGAUGCUGACGCAAGGCCAACAUGUGAUCAGCUUUUGUCUCAUUCGUUCAUCAAGAAAUAUGAGGGAACAGGCGUGGACUUGGCAGAGUACAAUAAAAUUGUUCAUGAUCCAUCAGAAAGAUUAUCACAGAUAGCACAUAUGCUUGCUGUACAUUACUACCUGAUCUUUGAUGGAGGUGAUGAUCAAUGGCGUCACAUGAAGUCAUUCUAUGAACGAUAUUCUGUUUUCAGUUUCUCAGGGGAAACACAUGUCGGUAAGAACGAAAUAUUUGAUACGUUGUCAAGAAUAAGGACAAUGCUGAAAGGUAACAGCCCUUGCGAGAAGAUUGCUCAUGUAGUGGAGAAGGUUUACUGUUGUGCACAUGGGGAAGAAGGGAUGAGUGUUCAAGUUUCUGGAUCAUUUAUUGUGGGGAACGAGUUCCUCGUGUGUGCAGAUGGGUUCCGUGCUGAAGGUAUGCUAAGCAUGGAGGAACUCUCUCCUGACAUUCUCAGCAACCAGGCUGGCCAUUUCCAAGAAGAUUUUUUCCUUGAGCCAGGGACUGCCAUGGGAUGCUACAUCAUAGCAAAGCAAGAAUUGCACAUCGCUGAAACAUGA